CUGGACGACAUGUUCCCUGCUGCGGCGGCCUCGAGGAUUGCUCCGGAGAUGCGCGGGAUGGCCAGUGGUCACACAGGUGCUUCAACAAGUGCUGGAUGGGGGAGUACCAUCCCCACUUCGACACCACCCCGGACUAUUUGGACAUUGCGGCCAGUGCGAGGGGCGUCCGAGGCAACGACGGGGAUCUCUCCGACAACUACUAUCUGGUCAUCGGCGACAAUGGGGGCUGCGCCGGCGGCUGCGAUGGCUGCUGUGGCUGGCAGUGGCAGGUGGCCAACCAAAUGAAGGAGUACGUGCGGAACCGGAAGGCGGCCAACCCCAGGUCCACGCUCCUCUUCAUCCUGCUAGUGGGCGACAACUUCUAUUGGACCGGGGCGAGCCCGGGCCGCUUCGAUGCCACGUGGAAGUCGGUGUACCAGGAACUCGCGGAUUACCCCUGGUUCGUGAUCCUCGGCAACCACGACUUCGGCAACGACGACCCAGACUGCCUCUGCCCUUUCUUCCACGAGAGGGCCCGCUGUACUGCUGCUGACGCCACGGCUGCUGGUUGUGGCGGUGCCAAGCCGUACUCCACGGCCAACCAGUCGUAUGCUUGCAACCAGCUAAAUGCCGACAAGGGCGGUGUGGACGGAGACUUGCGCAGGAACUUUCACAUCCCUGACUUCACCUUCUUCUACACGAUCCCAGAGCUGGACUUCGAGUUGAUAGGCCUGGACUACAACUGGUACGAUCGCCAUGGGAUCGGUGGCAACGGCUACGGUCCCUCGGGCGGCGGGCGCGGUGUGGCCAAGUCGUGUGGUGGGGUAGCGCGCGUGGAGGACAGCCUGGCGCGGCUCCGAGACGCCUCCAACAAGAUCCUCGACGAACGGGCCAAGGCGGCGGCCUGGACCAACUACGCCAUCAUUAGCCAUUACCCUGACUGGGCGCAAGAAGGAAUCAAUCUCCGACACAAGUUCUUGCAAGGCAUGCAUCAAGAGCAAGCUGCGAAGAAGCGCGUGCUGAACUUCUACGGCCACACGCACAUCCAGCAGUGUGACAAUCGGGGCGACAAGGAGGAUCCCAAUCUGUGCACCGACAUCCUCACUGGUGGUGCGGGUGGCUGCUGUGGAGACAAGCCCGCGGGCUUCGUUGCCGUGACCUGGGACAAGGAUGGCAAGAUGACCAACGAGUGUUUCCUGGAAAAGGACUGUACGAUUUGGGACUGGAGCUUGGUGCAGGACAAUGCGACGCGGUCGGCUGCGAAGACAGAUGUCCGUGCGGAAGGCAAGCAGGAGGUCUGCCACAAUACCGUGGACGACCCCCGGUGCCCAGGAUAUGCUGGACCCCUGAAGCUGUAG